GUACUGUGUGUGUUGGUAGCAUGUACGUCUGCUUUGUAUUCAUCUUCCGAUGACGUCAUUCAGUUGACAGAUGCAAACUUCAGAUCUCGUGUUGUGGACAGUGACGAGUUGUGGCUUGUCGAGUUCUAUGCCCCAUGGUGUGGACAUUGUAAGAAUCUUGUACCAGAAUGGAAAAAAGCUGCAACAGCCUUAAAGGGAAUAGUGAAAGUAGGCGCAGUGGAUGCAACUGAGCAUCAGUCGUUGGGGUCCAGCUAUAAUGUUCGUGGUUUUCCUACUAUCAAAAUUUUUGGGUCUAAUAAAAACAAUCCAUCCGACUACAAUGGUGCCAGAACUGCUCAGUCGAUUGUUGACACUGCCAUCAAUCACUUGAGAACUCUGGCCACAGAAAGAUUGAGUGGAAGAUCAGGUGGUGGUAGUAGCAGUGGUGGAAGUAGCAGUGGUGGAGAAAGAAAGCCAGGAGAUAAGAAGGAUGUCAUUGAACUGACAGACAGCAAUUUUGAGGAACUUGUUCUGCGUUCUAAUGACAUGUGGCUCGUUGAAUUCUUUGCUCCGUGGUGUGGACACUGCAAGAACCUGGCUCCUGAAUGGGCAUCUGCUGCCACAGAACUCAAGGGCAAGGUCAAAUUGGGAGCCUUAGAUGCUACUGUCAACACUGUCAUGGCUAGCAGAUAUGGGGUGAAUGGUUACCCAACAAUAAAGAUGUUUCCUUCUGGUAAGAAGGAUGGUGAGGUUGUUGAUUUUGAUGGUGGAAGAACUGCAAAUGAUAUUGUCAACUGGGCAUUGGACAAACUUGCUGAGAACAUUCCUCCACCCGAAGUUCUUGAGCUGACAGAUGAAUCUCGCUUGAAAGAAGCCUGCCAGGAGCAUCAAUUGUGCAUCAUUGCCAUCCUGCCACACAUUCUCGACUGUCAGUCCAAGUGCAGGAAUGACUACCUUGCCAUCAUGAAACAUCAAGCUGAGAAGCACAAGAAGAAGAUGUGGGGAUGGCUGUGGGCGGAGGCUGGCUCCCAACAGGAUGUUGAAAGUGCUCUGAACAUUGGUGGAUUUGGUUAUCCUGCUAUGGCUGCAGUUAACAGUCGCAAGAUGAAGUUCUCGUGGUUGAAAGGAUCAUUCAGUGAGAAGGGAGUCAAUGAGUUUUUGCUGGAAGUAGCUGUAGGCAGAAGUUCAACAGAGCCAAUAAAGAAUGAUAAACUUCCAGACGUUAAAACAAUUGAUGCUUGGGAUGGCAAGGAUGGAGAGCUGCCUCCUGAGGAAGAUAUCGAUCUAAGUGAUGUUGAGCUAGACGACCUGCCCACGCCAUCUGCUGAUAAGAAAGUUGAAUUGUAA